ACGCACAUCCAACAUCCGCCGCACAGAUAACAACACACGCGUACACACACACGCCACGCAUACACACACGUACAUUUGAGCUGUGCGAUAACCGACGAUUAAAAAAAAAAAUUUUAAUUAAAAAACGAAACGAAAUUCAAAAUUAUAUUAAUUACGAAAUACGAAAAAAAAAAAUCAAAUAAUGGAGUUCGUGUUCAGUUCUUUAACAUAUUUAUUACUCUUAGUGUUAACCGCGGUACUGUUGUUCCUGAUCCGAGACGAAUUGAAAACGAAACAAGUGGAGAACAACGUCGAUCGACUUAUCGAUGCACCUGCGCCCAAAUCUUGGCCAAUACUUGGGCACUUGUAUUUGAUGGCCCGGUACAAGGUACCGUACCGAGUGUUCGACGAGAUCAUGGCCGAUCUAGGAUCGGUUUUUCGUUUGGACCUGGGAUCGGUACCGUGCGUGGUCAUCAACGGAUUGCAAAACAUCCGGGAAGUGUUGAUGAUAAAAGGCGAUCACUUCGAUAGCCGCCCGACGUUCCGUCGAUUCGAACAACUGUUCAAAGGCGACAAAAAGAACUCCUUGGCGUUCUGUGACUGGUCUCAGCUGCAAAAGACCCGACGAGAGCUGCUCAGAGCCCAUACAUUCCCGAACGCGACGUCCAACAUGUAUGUUCGCCUGGACAAGUGCUUGAAAACCGAACUGGCCGAGUUGAUGGACACCAUCGGUGCACUGGCCGAUACCGGGUGCGUGGACCUGAAGAACCUGUUGCUGCAUUCGUGUGCCAACACGUUCCUGUCGUACUUCUGCUCCACAAGAUUCUCCAACACAUACGACCGAUUUCGAGAGUUCGUCCGGAACUUUGACGAAGUGUUCUACGAGGUGAACCAAGGUUCAGCUGGCGAUUUCCUGCCCAGCCUGACGCCGUUUUACAGUUGGCAUUUUAAAAAGAUAAGAACGUGGAGCUCGAAGAUCCGCAACUUCAUGGAGACCGAGAUAUUUAACAAGAGGAAAGUGGCCUGGGUGCCGGGCACCAAGCCCGUGGAUUUCGUGGACAACUUGUUGGAAGCGGUUAUGCAGCCCGACCGGGACGACGGAUUCGAUCUAGACAUCGGGCUGUUCUCGUUGGAGGAUAUCAUUGGCGGUCAUUCGGCGAUCACGAACUUCAUCGUCAAGACCCUGGGGUUCCUGGUGGAUCGACCAGACAUACAGCGGUGCAUACAAGAGGAAGCGGACGCCGUAGUCCGAGCUUCCGGGACAUGCGUCGGGCUCGCCGACCGCCCCCUAAUGCCGUACACCGAGGCCGUGGUCUUCGAGUCCCUUCGGCUGAUCGCUUCGCCGAUCGUACCGCAUUUGGCCAACCAAGACACGUCAGUGAACGGCGUGCGAAUCCCGAAAGGCACGACGGUGUUCCUGAACAAUUACAGUCUGCACAUGAGUCCGGAACUGUGGGAAAACCCCGAGCACUUCAGCCCAGAGAGGUUCAUAAACGCGGAGGGCAGGCUGUACAAGCCCGACUAUUUCAUACCGUUCAGCGGCGGCAAACGGUCGUGCAUGGGCUACAAGUUGGUGCAGCUCAUAUCGUUCUGCACCAUCGGCACGUUGCUGAACAAGUACACGUUGAUGCCGGUCGAGGACGUGUCAUACGCCGUGCCCAAGGGCAACCUGGCGCUGCCGUACGUCACUUUCCCGUUCCGGCUCCGGCCCAGGAAAAAGUGAUCGCCCGUCGGCCGGCCAACAACCGGGACCGCCGCGCGCCGGUCUAGUAGUAGUAUGUUUUGGUUGCACUGUCGUGUCACAGCAAAUGAUACGUUACGCGUCCCGUGACGAGCAUCGAACAUUGGCGUGUGUAUGCGUCCAUGUGUGUGUGUAUGUGUGUGUGUGUGUGUGUGUGUAUGUGCAGUCGCGUUCGUCGACGUGUGCGAGAUUCCCCCCCCCCGUGUGUGUGAAUGGGUGGGUGUUCGUUGGGAUCCUUUAGCAGUCCCCCGUCGUAACUUUAGGCCAACUCCGAUCGUGUUACAGGAGCGUCUGGUUUUUCAAUUACAUGUUACGGACUGCGACGCGUACUGAUACGAACAGCUCGUCGUCAAUCGCUCAUGUUCGGCGAUCGGUUCGGUUGACGAAACGUCUGGAUAAAUGUUACCAAAAGAUAAUUUCGGAAUGCAACACGUAGUAUUGCGUUGGUAGUUAUUGUUUUAUCGUUCGAUGUAAUCUUGAUUUAGUGAAAAUACAUUAGACACCAAUACUAUUUCAAUUGUCCCGCGGUGCGAUUUGCGUGGCAUUUUUCUAGUCUUAACAAAAUUUUUAGAUAAAAUAAUUAAAAUUUGAUGAAAAAUGAAAAAAAAAAAAAAUUAGGUAGCUGUUAGAUAUUAUGUAAGACUUAAUAAAUUGUUUACUACAUGUACGCGCGUAUUAUGUGUAUAUUAUAUGUGCAUAGGAGCUACAUGAAUAUAAUAAUAUUAUUAGGAUAAAUAAAUUGUAUAUUUUACGAUAGGAAUGUGUAAAUCACGAUCCGCUCACAGUUAUACCCCCGAAUAGUUGUGAAUGCUUUCAAUAUGAGCAUGAACACGAGCGAUAUUUCUACUUAUGAGUUAGUUCUAUUGGUAGCUAAAGCGUAUUGUUUAGAAUCGAAAUAUAUGGUAAAAAUUACAUUUGAAAAUUAUUCAUAGUAAUUUGAUUUAUGGCGAGAGAUAUUAUUUAGAAGAAUUUACACAUUCAUGUUAUUAAAUAUAAA